UGAUCGGAUCGGAGGCUUCAUAUAUAUUUCUUCCGUGAAUUGCAUUUUGGUCUAUCCGUCUGCUCUCUCUUCGAUUAUCUUCUCAUCUUCAAUUCCUUCAUCAUAUCGGCAACCAAAACUGGCUAACUCUCAGGAAGAAAGCAGAAACAAGGCGGUGGUGAUCGCCCUAUAUGAAGCGCUGAGCUCACGCGACGUGGAAAAAGUCCAGAAGCUUCUGGCCUCCGAUCUGGAGUGGUGGUUCCAUGGCCCGCCGUCGCACCAGUUUUUGAUGCGCAUCCUCACCGGCACUGUCGACGACUCCACCGCCGAUUCGUUGUUCCAGUUCAAGCACCAGACGAUCGACGCCAUCGGCUCCUCCGUGGUGCUCGUCGAAGGCUGCGAUCCGCCGCGCAACAUCACCUGGGUUCACGCCUGGACCGUCACGGAUGGGAUAAUUACCCAGGUCCGCGAGUACUUCAACACCUACCUCACCGUCACGCGCUUCAGCGACGCCGCCAUUGCUCCGCUCUCCUGCACUUCCGUCUGGGAGAGCAGCCUCCCUAAUCGCGGCGGGAGCAAAUCUGUGCCGGGUCUCGUCCUUGCCAUCUAAGGCGGGUGGGUCACACCCGACCCGUUGUUCCACCUGUAGUACGUGAAGUACAACACUAGAAGGCAUGCGACUUUUUUCCGCAUGUGCAGAAGAAGGAGAACUGCAGGCGUCUGCAUUUGUCAGUUGUACUGUUUGGCUUUAUGGUUGUGUUUGUUUCGUCUGUAGUGAUGUGUUUGGCUUGCAAUAAAAUCGUUUCGUUUCGUUUCAUUGGAUAA